ACAUAAAAUCCACGUCUCCAGCCAUAAUCAGACCAGUCAGCUGCAAGUGCUUCUCCGUUUCGCUGCAAAAGAGAGGGCUGCUGUCAAAUUCACAUCACAAUACGUUCCCAAUUUCCCGCCCCCUGAGUUCAUCAGCUCCGUGCCGCUGCCCUUGCCGUCGCCCGGCAAUCCGUUCUUUCCAAUUGGAUACAGAUACGAAAUCCAAGCAUCUAGUAGAAGUUAUCCACCUCUGAGAAUUAGGAGGCAGCAUUUCGUAACGGUGCACUUCUCUUCCCAACUUUGGCCUCGACUGAGACAAUGAAAGAUUUUACUUUAGAAGUCCGGUAUCGGAAAAAUGCAGAUGGAAUUGCAGCGGAUCCACAGCCUGAUUGGAGUUUUGAUGCUAUUCUUUUCGACCUCAACUCACUCGAAAACAGGCUCAAAGUCUCUUUGCAAAUUUCUUCUCCUCCUAGCAAGACUGAUGCUCCAGUUUUAAAGUGGAAGGCUAAGAAUGAAAGUCCAGGGCCAUUUGUGAUGCAAGUGCUGGAUGAUGAAUUCGGUGUUGAAACGGAUAAUGUUGAGGAGGGUCAUCAUAACCAUCGAGCCAUGGUUGCAGGCAGGAGAUUUGGUUGUGAUGAACUCUCUAUAAGUGACGGUGAAGAUUCUGAGGAUGAAUCCGUUUUUGGAAUGCAAGGAAAUUUGAUGCCUCAUGUUGGUUUUGCUGAAGGCACACUUUCUGAGCUAACUCAUGAACACCAACUUGGAGUAAUGGAAGUAGUUAGAAACCAAAUAACAGAAUUGGAAACUUGCCUCAUUGAUGAAAAUGAGAAGUUUGCCUCUACAGUUGCUCGUGUGGAGAAUUACACAAAAACAAGGCAGGAAUUGGACAGAAAAUUCGAUAUGCAGUACCAACGCAGAAUCGCAGAAGCAUUGGAUAAUCACCUGACAGCUGUACAGAGGGAUCAUGAACACAAGUCUCAAAUAGAAGAAAGGAGAAUAAGAGAUGAUGCAGUUCGUGAAGAAGCCCAAAGAAGGGAAAGAGCUCUUCAUGAAGAAAAAGUGCGGCAGGAAAAGAUUAAAGCUGAAGCUGAGAUGCAGGCUAGACUAGAAGCAGAGAGAGUUGAAGCAGCAAAAACAGCAGCGUUGGAAGCUGAAAAAAGAGCAGCAGAAGAAGUAGCACAGAAGAAGAAAUCUGCCGAUACAAAAAGUUCUGCUGCUGGGGUUUCUAUCAAUGCUACUGAGGCUAAUGGAUCCCAGGGUUCUGUACUUCAUGUCACAAAAAGCGCACAGCCACAAGGCACCGUAAUCAGAAGUGCAGAAAAUGCUUUAAAAUUGGAAGAAAGGAGAUUGCAGAUUUAUAAUGAAGUAGCUGCUGAAAUGCAAAUGAAUCCUAAGAUGGACUAUCGUAAACAUGAGCAGAAAAUAGCAAGAACUAUCCGCCAGAUCUCAGGGUCAGAAGAGAAUGUGAGUGCUAAAGCCUCGGAGUUGUUUUAUCUUAUUAAGGAUCCUUCUUGUCCCCAAUCCAUCAGCAUCACAGCGUUUGCGAAGAAGUUUGUCUCUGUGUGUGAAAAUCCUACUGGAAGCUUUCAUAGAUCUGUUUAUGCAUAUGCUCGUGUCAUUGUUCUCGUCACAUCAAAGGUGCCACGUGCCAUGGAUGUACUGAUUUCUAUGUUGAACCAAGCUUGCAUUUAUACUGUACCCAAACACAUCAUUUACUCAAAGUCAGCAUUUCAGACUAAAGAAGCAUACUACAAAGCCAUUGGUUACAGAGAAGAAGAUGGGGAUAUUGAAAGUACAGAUAGAUAUGUUUCACGCUUGAGUUUGUGUGUGAAACUUUAUGCAGCUAUAGUCCAGACUGAACUUGAGGGUAUCCAAAACUUGCAUGGCCUUGCAGAAGGUUGGGCAUGGCUUGCCAGGUUCCUCAAUGGUCUCCCACCGAAUCUUUAUACAGUUGUUGCUCUCGAGUCAUUUCUUCAAAUGGCUGGAUUUGCAAUGUACAGGAGAUAUGGAGUACAGUUCAAGAAGAUACUACGUCUUAUGGCUCGUAACUUCUUAAGUGCAUUAGGAGAGCAGGAAAACACAAAGUUGAACAUGGCAAUUAUUAACAUUCGUAACUACCUGGAGUCUAACCAGUUUCUCCAAAAGCCAACAGGAUGGGAGCUGGAGAGCCAUAUCGAAUCCCAUAAUAUGGCUCCUUAGCAAGAUUUGAUUUAUUCAUUCAUUUGCCCUGUAUCUCAAACAAAAUGCACGGGCCAAAGUCGCACCUGACUAAAAGCUACACAAGCUUAGGCAGGAUAAGGGAGGCACACAGAACCAUUUUACAAUCAGAAAUCAAUGAUAGUGUAGUUAUAAUGCGGUCUUUUGCAUCA